AUGGAGCUUAAGGGGCCCUCCUCCCAUGAGGAAGGCCCUAAGAGGGCCCCACAGCAGCAGGCAACGGGGGAGGCGGGGGGAUCGAUACCGAUCCCGACCCCGAUCCCGAUCCCACCAUCGAUCCCGAUCCCGGUCUCAGCUCCACCCCCCACAGCCCUCGACCUACCAGGCGCCGACAGCCCACCCCACAUCUCCAUCUCCUCCCUGCCCAAGCCCAGUGAGGCCCCCCUGGGGAAGGGGCGGGGGGCCGCGCUGCUGCCUGGGCGCCGCAGGAUCUUGAGAGCAGCAGCAAAGCAGCUUGCUGCUGUUGAGUUGCUGCAGGAGCAGCUAGAUGUCUCUGCUGUAGACAUCGACACCCACUGCAUGCCGCCCCCAGAUGCAGCAGCAGACAGCAGCGGCAGCCAUCCCCUGCAGCAGCAGCAGCAGCAGCAGCAAGGAAGCGAAGCACCAACUUGCAGCUCCCAAAGCAGAAGCCUUGAAUUGCUGCGGUUGCAUGCGCUGCUGCAGGCAGCCGUGGGCACAGAGCAGGACCUCGUCGUUGUGGGGCUACAUCAGGUGGCGACCCAGCACCGACAUGCGUGGGCUGCAUGCGUAGCAGCAGCAUUUGCUGCUGCUGAGGGGGCAGCAGCACGAGCGCUGCAGCAGCAUCUGUGGGGCGCAGGGAGUUCCUACGCUGCUGCAGGCGACUCAGCAGCAGCAGCAGCAGCAGCAACAGCAGCAGGGAGUAGGAGGAGUUCUGUACCGCAUUAUGAACAGAUUGUGCCUAUAGAUGUGCCUCAACGCUACAACCAGCUGCUCCUGGUGUAUGUACACCCCAGCCACCUCUCUAAAAUUACUCUACUAAGUAUUGCUAAGACCCGUCUGGGCUCCUUCUGCUGCCGCAGUCUGCAGCAAAACUAUUCGCUACCCUGGGGCCUCAGUCUAGAGACGCAGAAGAGGCUGCAGCAGCAGCGACAGCAGCAGCAGCAGCAGCAACAGCAGCAGCAACAGCAGCAACAGCAGCAGCAACGCAUGGACUUCUUCUUUAACUUCACCCACUUCCUAGGCCUCUCCGACACUUCGACGGAGGCGGACGCAGCAGCAGCAGCAACGCCAGCUUCAACCCCAGCAGCAGCAGCAGCAGCAGCAGCAGAGGGGGAGGAGACAGGAGGCCCUCAGCUGCCUCCUUUACACCUCAGGGGUCUCGCGCACCGCCCAGGGCGGCGGCAGCAGCGCCGAGAGCAGCAGCAGCAGCAGCAGCAGCAGGAUGGAAUUUGCUGCUGCAGCAGGAAGUGUGCAGCCUUAGCACGUGACCCCUCCACCGCGCCUCCCAGCAGCAGCAGCAACAGCAGCAGCAACAGCAGCAGCAGCAGCAGCAGCAGCGGGAGUGAUUGCGGAUGCGAGGUAGUGCAGGAAGCCUUUGCUUACGGGGGUAUUGCUGCACGCGUAAUGGAGAGACGGAGAGAGGUAGCCUGGCUGAAGGUCUUAACUAAGGCAGUGCAGCGCCAGCAGCUACUCGCCAUCCUAGCGGACCUCCGCUUUGAGACGGACUCCGGGUGGGCAUCUGCGUUGGAGUUGAAGCCGCUGCUGCUGCUGGGUGCGCAGCAGCAGCAGCAGCUGCUGGAGGAGCAGCAGCAGCUGGGAGCGGUGGAAGGAGCCUCUUCUUGCUGCUGCUCGUUGCGGAAGGGCCCUGGUGGGGGCCCCCGCUUCGGUGCUGCUGCCGCUGCUGCUGCUGCUGCUGCGGAUCGGCAGCGGCGGCUGCAGCAGCUGCAGCAACUCGAUAUAAGCAUACAAGAUGCAUGCGGCUUCUUCUGCUGCCGCACUCCCAGUGCAGCAGCAAAGGGGCAGCAGCUCUUUAGCUUGCAGGAGACAGGGAAAGUAGCGGAGUGGCGGCGGCCGGCUUGGAAUUGGCGACUCCACGGAGGGGCCCCUGGGGGGCCCCCUGAAGAGGCUCCUGGGGGGCCUCCUGUAGGGGCCCCUGGGGGGUCCCUUGGUGGGGCCCUUGGGGGGCCCUUUGGGGGGGCCCCUGGGGGGCCCUUAGGAGGGGCCCUUGGGGGGCCCCAUUGGGGGGCCCCUAUAGGGGCCCCUGGGGGGCCCCCUAGGUUUUGUAUUGGAGUGAUAGCCCGAUUUUUUGUUCGUUGGAUGUCUUUUCGUUUGUUGGUGGAGAGGGUGGAUACAGAGAGAGUGAAGAAUAAAUGCAAUGAGCUCCGACAGACUUUGAAGCAAGAAGGCCGCAGCCUCAGCAAGCUGAUUAUCGAUCCCCCGCUGCUGCAGCUGCCCCCUAUCCGCCCCUAUGAGCCGAUGCACUUAAAAAUUUGUCUUUCAAACCCCCACGCUACUCUUCCUACAGCCUACUCCGUCUACUGUCUCUCAGACUGCGAGAAGUCGAUUGUCCCUCUUUCUCAUGUCUCCUACUGGCAUGGGGCCCUAUCAAGAAAGUGGCUGGGGGGCCCCCUGUGGGAAGCCCGCUCUGUUCACUCUAUAAGCAGCAGCGAGACCGUGCAGCUACCGCUGCAGCACGAGCAGCAGCAGCUGCUGCAGCGUGAAGCAAGGCCCCUCCCCCAAGAAGAGUCACAAAGGCAAGCUGAGGCUCCCGCCUCAUCAAGCCUGGAGUCCCCGCGAGAUGACGAUAGAGCAGCAGCUGCAGCAGCAGCAGCAGCGGCAGCAGCAGCAGAUACUUCUGCAGCAGCUCCAGCAGCAGCAGGUGGACGCCAGCAGCAGAUUCGCCUAGAACGGUGGUUGUUAGUGGAUUGGCCUCAGGGGUUUUUGCGGGGAGGGGAGACGAAGGUUCUUUCGAUGAUUUUGAAUAUUCAGGAAGGUGUUUAUACACCGCAAGAGUUGGUGUGUGGGGUGUUAGUGCUGAGGUUAGAAGACUCAAGACAAGAUCUCUUCUUUUGCCUUGCUGCGUCUCUUAUGCCUUCGUUGCUGGGUGCAGAGCUGCAGCCCCUAGCAUUGCUGGGGGAGCAGACGUUGCUGCCUGCAUGUGUUUCUGCUUCUGCUGCUGCUGCAGCAGCAGCAGAAACACAUGCACCACCAGCAGCAGCAGCAUCAGAAGCUGCUGCUGUUGGUGCUGCAGCAGCAGCAGCUUCAACACCAUCAGAAGAUAUGCACAGUAAAUUAAAAGGAGACAAAGACUUGCAACAAAAGAAACAAAAAAACAACGAACAUACACCUGAACAUGCGGAGAAUAAAUCAGCAAUGCUCCCCCUACCCAAAGAACUCUGGUGGCUGCUCUCGCACUUGCACAGCCAGUCGCAAGCAGCAGCAUCAGCAGCAGCAGCAGCAGGGGUGCCUCUUCCGGUACAAAGAAGCCGCAGCAGACGCAAGCGAGGAGACAAAAGCUGUGGGGGGGGGCUGCAGCCUUCUCUGGGCCAGCACCAGGGGGCCCUUGUACCAGACAGCAGCAGCAGCAGCAGCAGCAACAGCAGCAGCGACAGCAGCAGCAGCACAAGUGAGAGCAGCAGCGACAGCGAGGACAGCUACUUGAGUGAGGAUAAUUCUUGCUGCAGCAGCAUUUGGGAGCAGCAGCAAGGGCUGCUGGGGCCUCAGAGCGGCGAAGUAAACCUCAAGAGAGACAUUGCUCUCUUCCUUUCUGCUGCUGGAGGAGACAGCUUCACUUGGCCCUCCUUCCUUGCGGGUGCAGAUGCCUGCAUGCAGCACCAGAAGGUCUCCUUAGAUACCCCUGCUGCAUCGGGUGCAUCAGCACCUGCAGCGGCUUCUGGUGUGGACGGGGACAGCGCCCCGAGCCAACGCAGCAGCAGCAAACUGAGCAGCAGCAGCAGCAGCAGCAAAUGGAGCAGCAGCAGCAGCAGCAGCAGCAGCAGGAUGAGAUCCGGUGGGGGAGAGGAAAAUGAUAGUUUGAUGCGUGAGAGUCACAAGCACUGCCCCUUUUGCUGCAGGGGGCCCCUAGAGAGAGAAGUUGUCUUCUUAAAGGCAUGCAUAGAGCGAGGCAUUGAAGUGCCUUCAGGAGUAUCUGUGGGCGCCACCAUGGCGCGCAACUCCUUCAUAGCUAUCACCUCAGCCCUCAAUGAAAUGCUGCAGGCAGCAACGCGCUCCAGGGGCCCCACCUCUCCAUCACGGGGGCCCCACCUGGACCCUUCUGGGGGCCCCUGCCCCGGAGGCCUCUGCUGCAAAGGAGAGGCCCCUAUUACUGUAGGAGCAGCAGCAACAGCAACAACAACGGGGGCUGAGGCCCGUGAGUGCUGCGCUGGCGAAGCGCAGUUUGCUGCAGCAGGCGGAGAGGAGGCAGCACUUGAAGCUUAUCAGAAGGGUAGGGGUACCCCUAGGGGCCCCUCAGUGGGGUUGGGGUGUCUAGAGAGUGUGGGGUCGGCGGAGCUGCUGCAGCACGCGCUGCUGCUGUGGGCUGGGGCUUGGCUACUAAAGAGCUGCAGGCCUGCUGUGCGGCAGGCGGUGCUGGGGCACUUUAUUACUCGCAUGUAA